GUCAUCGGAGUUCCUCACACUGUCAUGGCAGAAAUGGAAUUCCCAGAGCAAUUCUUUACAGUUCUAAGCAUGGAUCAUGAAUUGGUGACAUUCAGGGAUGUGGUCAUCAACUUCUCUCAAGAGGAAUGGGAAUAUCUGGAUUCAGCUCAGAGGGACUUGUAUUGGGAUGUGAUGAUGGAGAACUAUAGCAACUUGGUCUCAUUGGAUUUGGAGUCCAAGUAUGACACAAAGACUAGAAAGGACAUCAGUGGUUCUCAGUGGAAAGUCACAGAAGGUAAAUUCAUUGGUCUUGAGAGCUCCAUUUUCAGAAAUGACUGGCAGAGCAAAAGCAAGACUGAAGUACAAAGACCUGAACUGGGAUAUUUCAGCCAAAUGAAAAUCAACUCUGAAAAAGUGCCCAAUUACAAACAUCAUAAGUCUCUUAUAUCACAUCAGAGAAUUCAUGAUAGCAAGAAGCCCCAUGCAUAUAAGGAAUAUGGGAAGGUCCUUAGCUGUGACUUAAAUUUUGAUGAAUAUGAGAGAAUACAUACUGGUGAGAAAACAUAUCAAUAUAAUGCAUAUUGGAAAACCUUUGGAGAUGACCCACAUACCCUACAACUGAAUAUACAUAGUGGUGUGAAACCUUGUAAAUAUAUGGAAUAUGAGAAUGCAUUUAGUUUUUAUGAAGACCUUAGUAUACAGAAAAUGCAUGAUAAUCAGAAGUGCUAUAAAUGUAAGGAAUAUGAAAGGACCAUUAGAAGAGUUGAAGAAAUAACUCCACUUCAAAUAAUUGGUGAUGGUGAGAAACCCUAUGAAUGCACUUUCUGUGGAAAAUCCUUUAGAGUGCAUGCACAACUUACUCGACACCAGAAAAUCCAUACUGAUGAGAAACCUUACAAAUGUAUGGAAUGUGGCAAGGACUUUAGAUUCCAUUCACAGCUAACUGAACAUCAGAGAAUUCAUACUGGUGAAAAACCAUACAAAUGUAUACAAUGUGAGAAAGUCUUUAGAAUUAGUUCACAGCUUAUUGAACAUCAGAGAAUUCAUACAGGUGAGAAACCUUAUGCAUGUAAAGAAUGUGGGAAGACCUUUGGAGUCUGUAGAGAACUUGCUCGACAUCAGAGAAUUCAUACUGGAAAGAAACCCUAUGAAUGCAAGGCAUGUGGAAAGGUCUUUAGAAAUAGUUCAUCCCUGACUAGACAUCAGAGAAUUCAUACUGGUGAGAAACCCUAUAAAUGCAAGGAAUGUGGGAAAGCUUUUGGAGUAGGUAGUGAACUUACUCGACAUCAGAGAAUUCACAGUGGUCAGAAACCUUAUGAAUGUAAAGAGUGUGGAAAGUUCUUUAGACUUACAUCAGCACUUAUUCAACAUCAGAGGAUUCACAGUGGUGAAAAACCUUAUGAAUGUAAAGUAUGUGGGAAGGCUUUCAGACAUAGUUCAGCCCUUACUGAACAUCAGAGAAUUCAUACUGGAGAGAAACCUUAUGAAUGCAAGGCAUGUGGGAAGGCCUUUAGACAUAGUUCAUCCUUUACAAAACAUCAGAGAAUUCAUACUGGUAAGAAACCCUAUGAAUGUAAGGAAUGUCUGAGUGCCUUUAGUGUGGGUAAGCACCUUACUUGAUAUCAAAAAAGUUGUACUUGUGUUUUGUCUUGAAUGAAAGACAUGUACAAAAGCCUUUUGCAUCUGAGUUUCAC